AUAAAAUAUACUGCUAGCAAACAAGGAGCUUUCCACCUUGGCAACUCUGAAACAGGGUUGCAAAUCUACCCCAAGAACAGCUGACUCAAAAAAAGGGGGUUGACAGGACGACAGUAAAGAAAUCCAGCCGGAACAUUGACAGGAACAGUUCUACGAACACAGGGCUGAAAAUGGAGGAACGCGCUGUGCUGGCCAACAUCGCCUCCAUAAUAACCAAGGAUCUGCUGAUUGACCAACCGCCGGCGGUGGUUGCCCCAAUAAGUUUUCCUCUCCUAGAUGCGUGCGACGACGAUGACGAGGCGGAAUUAUUUGCCCUGAUGCAGAUGAAACGUGCGGCGGCUUCAGCUCGAAAACGCCGACAGCCCGAUGAGCCGGAGGAGCAAAAGCCGGAACCUAAACAGGCCAAGCUGGAAUGGCAACACGCGGAACUCAACCUGCUGCAUCGCUACACGGACGCCCAGUUCGAGUCGAAUCUGCACAUGCGAAAACUCACAUUCCUGAAAAUCCAACACAUCCUAGAGGAUACCUUACAAGGUAUUACACUUUCUGGGUAUCCUACUCCGCCGGCUCAGACUAUGCUCUCGCUGGCCAUGUGGAAGCUCUCCACGGAUGAACAUUUCGAGGAAAUUGCUCGCAAGUUCCGGGUGCCCUGGGCGGUCUGCCAGCAGGUUGUCCGUAGCUUCUGGCACUGUAUUUCCGACAACUAUGAGAGCUUCAUCAAGUGGCCAAACUCGUUGGCAGCCCAACAGCGCACUUUACAGGGCUACCAGGAGCUCGAGCAGAUGCGAUGCUUUCGAGAACUAUUUGGAAUUAUUACUCUCAAGCGUUUGGAUGUGUUUCUGGAAUCGGAGCACGCGGAGGUGCCGAUAGUACUUCAGUUGAUCUGUAAUGCAGAGCGUAAGAUCAUCGACUGCUACGUGGAACUGGCCAUGGAAUACAGUUUUGAGGACUCGCCCAUUGGCCAAACGCUAGCCCUCAACCCCAGGACCAUGCCGGCGGGUAGUUACCUGAUUGGCAAUGGAGUCUUUCCUUUGAAAUCGUACCUAAUGCGACCUAUAGAGACGGAGUGCUUCCAAAAGGACACAGUUUUCAAUGAUCUUCUGCGUCCAGCAUUUCAGCUGGCUGAGAAAGUUCUGGACAAGUUGGCACAGCGCUUUAACACACUAUAUGCCCUAGAGGCACGCGACCUGAACGAGGUGCGCCUCAUCGUAGAAAGCAUCUGCGCCAUGCACAAUCUUUGCGAAGAAUACCAGGAUGACGCCCUGGUAAACGAUGGGCAGGCCAACUACAGCUGGGGAGGGGUAUUGGAGGGGAUCAAGGGAAGCGAAAAAGACUCAAAAGGGGUGCGCCGCCGUGUGGAACUUUUAGACGAACUGGUACCCAUUGAGCCAGGAGAAUAA